AUGCCUACUCCUGUUUUGGUCACACCCUUCAACUUUAACCGAGCUAUCCGCCGUCGCCUUCCUGCUGAGGUCCUGGGCUACAUAAUGGAACUUACUACCUAUUCGUCUGGCGAGUUCCCCACCAUGGAUCCCACGGCCGCUCCUCUUGCUUUCACCCAGGUCUGCAGCUACUGGCGCAAGGUCUCCAAAUCCACGCCUUACCUGUGGUCGAGCCAUGCCAUCCCGAACUUCUCGCAGCCUCCAGCAGAUAUGGACGCGUUUCUUCGCGCAGUUGUGGCGUGGAUCCUCAGAAGCGGAGGGCUGGGCUUGAAGCUCAAAGUGGAGACGGACCUGGACGACGAGGACGACGACUCGGGGAGUGUGAGGGCUCUCAUGACGACAUUGAUGUCCCAUUCGCAGCGGUGGAAGGAUGUUUAUCUGGUUUCAAGUCCCGAGAAGUGGAAUCCGGGAUGGUCUCAUUCGCUCGCCACAGCGUGUGGCAAACCUCUGCCACUCCCAAGGCUCGAGACUCUGACACUCGGUCUCCCAUCCCCUGGUACCGAACUUCUUUCCAUGCUCUCGAAUGCCCCUCGCCUUCACUCACUCAAGGCUCACUACCAUCGCCAACACUUCCCGUUGCUCAAUCUCUCAUCCCUCACGCACCUCCAUCUCAUAUCACUUUGCAACGUUGAGGCAGACACUACUCUCCUGCCCGCCCUUCAAAGGUGUACCUCCCUCACCAGCCUCAUUAUUUCCUACAACCGCCUUUGGGACGCUAAUGAUCCCCUCGGCCGCCAAUCCUAUACUGGACCCGGACACACCCUUCACCUGCCCUCCCUUCUCCAUCUCGAGCUAAAUCUCCUCCACUGCACCCCCAUCCUCCACGCAUUCUUUAUCCCCAACCUCCUCACCCUAAAACUGCGCUCCGAGAACAAUGAACACCCGAAUCUACGCGUCGGCUCGCUCAUCUUCCCAAACGUGGAGACGUUCGAGUGUAAGCUCGAGUGCGCAAGCAUACUCGACGCGUUCGUCUUUCCGGACUUGCGCCACCUGAAGUACGCGCAGUCGUACGGGUCGAGGGCGUGGCCUGCUGCGCCGAGGCUGAUCACCUUGUUGAGGAACAGUGCGAAUUCAACCAAGGGAGUAUCUGGGGCCGGGGCGCGGAUGUUCAGUUUGGACGUGAGCUGUGUCCUAGAGGGCAUGACGGUGGUCGAGAUAUUAGGGUUAUGUCCGCAGUUGAGGGUCGCGAAGCUCAGCUCUUCGGGCGCGUCAUAUAUUUUCUGGGCUCUUACCAUGGGCGACCCGUUCUCUGCGUUGAACUUGCUUCCCACUGUCGCUCUUCCUCCUACCUCGGCCACCGCUACCGUCACGCCCGAUCCCGUCCAACAACCCCACUCCCUCUGUCCCCACCUCCGCUCGCUCUCCCUCCGCCGCCUUGGCGAAACCGCCAAACGUUGGGUUCCACGUCAAGCUCCUACGCCGGGGUUGCCAGGGAUUGAUUCAAGGGGCAAAUGGGCGGAUGUUGAUGCGCAGGAGCAGUUGGCGAAAGAGAUGGAGUUGUUUGAAAGCUUUGUGGGCAUGGUGGGGAGUCGUGGGUGGGGCGAUGAUGGUGGGGAUGGUGGGGACGGCGAGGAGGGAGAGGGUAGAAGUGGCGAAAGGGGAGAACGCGAAAUUGGUGAAGACGAGGCUGCGGGUGCAGGUAGUGUGGUGAGGUUGAUGGAGGUGAAGAUGGAGGUGAUGGAUACGACGAUGAAGAUAUUCAAGGAUGUGCAUGUGGAGGUCAUGCAUAGGUUGAAGGGGUACGUCGAGAGCGGAUUCGAGUGUGGUUUGGGGACUUCGUUUGGGGCAAACUCAUCGGCCGUGUGA